UCGAACCCUCGACCUUUUGGUGGGCCAGACGACGCUCUGAGCAAUGGAGCCUCGUGGUCAGGGCUCACUUAGCAAAUGUUUCUAAGAUUGUCCCCUGCUGUGGUGUGCAUGGCUGCGUUGUCCCUUUCAUGGCUGACCGAUAUUCCAUCAUGUGAUACGCCGCACUUUGGUUCUGCAUCCACCAGAGGAGGGAUAUUUGGGUCGCUUCCACUUUGUGGUGAUUGUGACCAGGGCCUGGAUGAGCACGCCUGUGCCUGUACCCGAGCUCCCGCCUAGGCCCGGGACCGCGGGACCACCUGUCGAACUGUGCCCGGGACGCCAGACUGUUUUCCCGGGUGGCUGCACCGUUUCACAGUCCCUCUGGAGGUGCACGGGUGUCCCAGCUUCCCACGCGCCCACCAACGCCUGUCACUUUCCUUUCCUCUGUGUGUAGCCGUUCUAGUGGGCGCGGAGUGGUACCGGGCUUGUCCAUUUUAUGCGCUUGUUUUCUCAGAGGUUGAACUGUGGGUGCGGAAGGCAGCCACCUACUACGGCGGGGGAGCGAGGGGCCUGGGAGCAGGGACUAGAACCCUUGCCUCCCCAGUUCCAGCCUCUGGGGGGCUCUGUGGUCUCCGUGACAAAACGACCUCGGAGAGCCCUCGCGACUUGCUCAGGCACAUGCAGCUUCUCACCGGGGGAAGAAUUCGCUGAUUCAGAGCCCCCUUGUCCCCUACUUAUUCCAUGGUGUCCCUGCAGGCUGAGUCUUAGGAACCAGGAGGGUCCCCAGAGGCGCUCCAGUGGCCAAAUCUGUUGGAACCAAAUUUCUACACGUAGGUACUUCUUGGAAUAUGAGCCUCUCGGAGGGGAUUUGGGAACCUGGCCACGGCUGUGUCUUUUCCGCAACAGUUUCCUGUUUGCUCACCAGUAUUUUAUAUUUUGGAAAGUGUCCGCCGGGUGGCAGUUCGCUGGGGAGCAGCGCCACCUGGUGUCGGCUCUGCGCACCUGCGCGCAGGCUCAGCCGCUGCUCCCGCGGAGGACACCGAGGCAUCUUGGCGGGAAAGCGCACUUGCUGUUCGCCGUGGGCCACAGACCGGACCGCGCGCCCUCUGUGACGGUGUUGAGGGUCCACAGCCUCUACGGACAGGUACGUGUGUCCAGUCCGCCGCAGGGAAACGGCCUUGGCGGACACAUCAGAACCAGCGACCCCGGGACUCCGCCCACAUGGGGCCUCGGGCAGGGGAGCAAAGAUGCAGGGCUCAGCGGGACCCUACCGGACCAGCCGAGCAGCUCUGUCCCCUUCCCUUCGCUGUUGAGGGAGCGGGAAACCCUGGAACAACGAGAGGAGAAGCAGCAGGGGAAGAGAAUAGGCAGAGCCUGUGAGCAAGGAAAAUGUGGUCUUUGCUGUCACCUCGAAUAACACUUCAGGCGAUGUGACCGGGGGAAAAAGUAUUCUCUGCUGCCAUCUUGUGCGCACCUUGUGCAUAGCACCUCAGUGGAAGCGAUCAGGAACUGCUCUUUUCUGCUGCUAGCGCGCAUCUUGGGAAUAAAAAUGGAGGCCACCAGGAAAAGCUCUGCUGUUUUCUGUGCAUCUUGAGAACAACACCUAAGAGGAAGUAACCAGGAAAAGGUUUUCUCUGCUGCCAUAUAGUGUUUAACCAACUAGUAAAUAACACCUGUGGAUGUCAUAAUAAAAUGUUA